AUGGCGGACAGUGUGCAAGUCGAAGAACCGCAAAGAAGGGCUGUUGGAGGAACUAUAACAACAGGAAGAAUUCAUAAAGGUAUGAAGAUGCACAAUUUCAUGAUAAAUACUUCAGUCUUUAGCAGUUAUAGAAAAACGGAAACAUAGUAAACAUAUAAGCUCACUCAACAACGUUUUUUCAUCGGGAGGCUCGGCGCUCGCUAAUGUCCAACCAGAGUUUUGGCUUUAACAAUCGAAAUUUUAUCAGGAGCCCAUGACUAAUUUUACACAAAGAAGCAAAAGAAACAAAGAACUGUUUCUCUGGAUGUGUAUGAAAUUAAUAUACAUGUAUUAAAUGUAUACCGUCAAUCACUUUAGAUCUGACAUGUGUAGCAAUAAUUACAAUGCAAAUAUUAGGAUAACUUUUUUAUUCACAGGUCAUGGAAAAACAGCAGCAUCAGCUUCUAUACCAAGCAAAUAUCAAACAAUAGUUAGUGACAACUCAGAAAGGAAAGGUUUUCUUUCCAGAGCAAAACGGUUCGGUGAUGUGAAUGUGGUAUGUGUGUUUAAACAUUCUAUCAAAAGAAGUGUUUAUACUGUAGUCUAAAUGCAAUUACAUUAUACAGUAUAUGCUUCGGAAAAUAUCUGUAACUCUGAUCACCCUAUCGGAGGUUCUGUUGGUUUGAACAUGCUCCAAAGCCCAAUCCCUUUGAAAAAUUACCUUUUACCUUCAUACUUUCCUUAAGUUACAAAAGUUUAGCCUUUAAGAUCCACAAGAACCUUCUUUAACUGGUUUGUCUGGGAAAAUGCAAAUUGCAGAUUCUUCAGUCUUCGAAACAGAUAUUGCACUUCACUAAAAAGACUUUUAGGAUUUGUGGUACAUUCCCUACAUUUUUUGAAAAAGGCCGAAAAAAAGGACAUGUACAUCUUAUUGUAAGCUGCAUGCAGUAUUCCUGAUAAUUGAAAAGUAUUAGAACUAUCAUGUUCUUGCUGGUUUGCACAUGCUGGGAUGCAGUGCUAAUGAAUUUGUUAUCAGAUUUGUCAUUUAUCUCAAAGUUUAUCUGAUUAAGUGAGUUAAAAAUCUAAAGAUUCCUUGGAUAAUUUCUCCUAAAGAAAUGUGCCCAUAUGACCAUCCAUACAUGGGUUAUUGAGUGGACAUUUUCUGGAACUCAAUACCAAAGUAUGCACCCAUCUGCUUUAAUAUUUAAAUAUUUAUAAUGUUUUUUUUUUUUGCACUUUGUAGACUGCAAACCCAGGACCUGGUACUUAUGGUGAAAUGAGAUCAAGUGAAACUACAAGUUCAUCAUUUUCAAAAAAAGGCUUUGGUGGAUUUGUUUCUAAGGUAGCCAUUCCAUAUAUAUUAUCAUUUGAACAUAAAGAAACUCAGUAUUGCAUAUCCUGGUUUGCAUGGGCCUGGAAAAGUCCUUGAAAAAGUACCAUGUCCUUGAAAAGUCCUUGAUUUUUCCACAUAAGUCCUUAAAUAUUUUUAAAACCUCCUUGAAUAAAAAUGACUUUUGUUAAAAAAGAAAUGUUUUCCGUCAUUUGAAGUGUCCUAGGAACCUUGCCUUAAUGAAGAAAGGUAUUCCAAUAGGUGAAUCCCCUUCCACCUGUGCAUUUAAAAGGUCUUUUCUUCAUGUCAUUGGGGAAAAGAAGUCCUUGAAAAAAUGAUUUUAGUCCUUGAAAAGGCCUUGAUUUUUUCUUAAAAAAUUCUGUCUGAACUAUGUACCAAGUCAUGUAUGUAAGAAGAAAAAGGCAGUAGUACAUCAGAAAUUAUUUUAAUUUAGUCUGGGUUCAUUAAUAAUUUUUUCUAUGUUGGCCGCAUUUUUAUUUCAUUGGUUGCAGGCGAAGCGUUUUCCAAGAGGAAUUAAAGACACAGGUCCAGGCCCAGGUAUAUAUUAAUUUCUAUUGUAAUGCCUAAAAAAAUUGGUUUCACAGGGGUUUCAAUAGAGUAACAGACUGUAUCAAUAGACCCAGGCCCCUUAUUUUAGGGGGAGGGGGUCUAGGGGCAUGCUUCCCAGAAAAUGGUGAAAUUUGAAAGCCCUGAAAUGCAACUUUCAGCAUUCUGGGGACUAAAUUGAGGACAAAAGAGGGUGUUUUUAUUUAAGAAAAUGUAGCUUUCAUUCAACUUUCAAUUUAUCAGUUAAACAAUACAUUCCUACAUGUACAGACAAAUUAUGAACAAAUGAUGAAAACUGAAUUACUUACUUUUGCAGGUAAACAAAUUCUGUGAAAAAUUUACUGAAAUAUAGCGUUCAGUCAUGACUAAAGCAUAACGUAAAACCAGUGGGCGUUAAUGAAAGCACAUCAUAAUUACGUUUUCAUUGAGAUUUUAUUAUAUAUAUUUUUUUGUUUACAACGUUAUUCCAACUAGUUUCUUCUUUUUUCCUGGAAAAAGGUAGAUGACUUCUAUGAGCAAAAUACCCAACGCAUUUCAUCGGCCUUCGGCGCUUAUUUAAACCCCAAGUAAAACGGACCUGUACUCUGUGCACUCUUAAAAUAGUACAAUUGGUUAUACAUGCAUGCCCUAAAGUAAUAUUAAUUCAGUUAACACAAACAUAGCCCUCUGACACAUUUUGCAGUUUUUUGGCCUCACAAAUAUAUUGUAUCAAUGCUUGUGUGGUAGUUUUUUAAGAAGUAUUGUGGCAUUACAUUUUAUUUUUAUCAUCAGUUUUUUGAUAAUACAACACAUCUUAAUCAGCUGCCCAGCCAGUGUGUAUCCUUGAGUUCAUUUCUCUUCUUUUAAGUUUAAAGCCAUCCCCUUUGUUUUCUCCAUAUUUAGCUUCAUUCGACCAACCCAAUUUUUUGGCAAUUUUUUCAAAAAAGAAAAAAGUUAUGAUGUAGUUAAACCAUUUUUUACAUAUUAAUUCUUUUAAUCUGAGAAAUGAGCGUAGCAACAGCAUAGAGAAAAACGGGAACAUUUUUUGUACAUUAUAUAUUCUGCAUUUUGUUAAUCCUAAUAUGAAGUAAAUAUUAUAUAAUUUGUCAUCUUCAUCGGCAACUACGAUUUAAACUUAGUUUGAAAAAUUCCAAUAUAUCUCUGUUUUAAUGAUAUAUCCAGAAACUUCCUUUUCAAGCAGUUGCUGAAAACUAAGGGAUCAUGCAGGAGUUUCAGUGGUUGAUCCUUUUUCUCAUGUUGUAUUAAUUUUACUAUAACAUCAACCAAAUUAUUCUUCCACCAUAUUGAUUUUGUGUUCAAAAUUGUCUUGUUGUUUCCCAGUUGCUUCCAGGCUCCACAGCAACGAUCAAUGCUAGGGGUGGUAUCAGGCGUGCUAUUCUGAGACUUUUUCCAAUUUUUCUAAGGAUUUUUUUUACUCUGACCAACCAACCCAAAAUCAGGAAACGCAAUCGACAGUAAACAAGGAAAAAAAGGGGAUGGCUAUCUUUCAUUUAUAAAUCAAUAAUUUAUUUUUUAUUGUCACAUUGAUUACAAACUUAUGGCUUGUAUUGGUGAAGGAUAGAGUGGAGAAAAUGGGAAGAAAUUUGUACUAAAAAAUACAAGUUUUUAUGGGAAAAUGAUGUAUUGUACUUAAUGACCUUUUUAAGGAUUUUAUGACCCAUUGACAUCAAAGGAACACAACUUUAACAAAUCUUCAGUGACAAGGUUAGUGUUCAUUAAAAUCAGUUUAAUAUUUAUAUAUUUUAUGAAUGUGAAUGAAUUUAACUAACAAGGAAUUUAUUUUUAUCAUGGAAUGUAACAAUAGAUAGACCUAAUUGAUUGCUUACAAGGUCUGUACAUUUAAUGGACUCUUAGCUUAGUGCGUAGCUCAGUGCUGUAAAUUAAUGCAACAAGAGGUUGUUCAGUUGCAUAACAUUAACUAGCCUAGGUUUCAGCUCCCAGUGUUGCCUAGUACAAAGUUUGUUGCUCGCCUAGCUUGCAGCUUGAAGCAUAUAUUGUAACAGUGUUUCUAAUUUUUUAUUAUUUUACAAUAAUAUUUAUUUUAGAAUUUCUCACAUUGUAAAGCGCUGUUAGAUACUUUGAAGAAACAGUGCUCUGUGAAUUAUUACAUUAUUCAAGUGCUUUGGUUUUUUUUGGGACCUGCUAAUUAAUUCUCUUAUUCUCUGAGUGGCAUUUUGCUUGGUGUGCUGCCACAGCAGUAUCUUGUUAAGGUUUUACCUCAUAAGGCCAAAGAAGGGAGGCUGUAAAGUCACCCGUAGCACUAAACACUAAGCAGUGUCCCACAAAUGUGUCUGAUCUUCUUUCUUCAAUUACCGUCUUGUUUAGAGUGAAACCUUAAUUAUUGGAACAGUGAUAUUGAAAAAAACUUGUUAAUACAUGAAUGUUUUCCUGCAGAAAUUUUCAUCUUCCAAUUGCCCUACAAAGAGACACCAGGAAAGAGCAGUUUCCAGCACCCAAUCAAUAUACAGUAAGUCAACUUCUUGAAAAUUAUUUCUGAAAAGUGUGGAUUAAGAUUUUUCAAUUAAAUGUCUCACAUUUACUCUGUUUUCUUUGGCACAGAUUGGUAAAACUACUGGUAGAGUUUUUUAUGACAACAAUGUUGCAGCUUGUGCUGCUUUUCGAUCAAAGUAAGUCAGAAACCAGUAAUACUCCUCAUGUUAAAUUCUGUGCUGAUAUGGUGGCUAGGAUAAUGUUUUACUUUCUGUAGUCUUUUGCGGUCUUUCAUAGUUGUGUAUGUCUUGUUUGGGGUGGGACUACAUGUAGUUAUGAAAAAAUUGAUUUGUUUUGGAAACGAGUACUGGUAUCUUGAUUUUCUUUCCUUUCCCUUGAUAAAUUAAUCAGAAAAAUGUAUGACAAGAUGCUUCAAUUUGAUUAAAUUUCAACAGAUCAAAGAGAUCAGAAGACUGGUCUGGAGCAACGUUUGGACCAUCACCAUGUAAGAACAUUCACUUGGUGAUUUAAUUACUCUGUCAAAAAUUUUUCCUUUGUUAUCUAAGGUGGAUACUGAGAAAACAGGCCAGGUGUAAUAGUUAAACAUGUGUGAAAUACUUAUGAAUUUUUUGGCCAGGUUGGUUUGAGUUAUAUGUACCAAAUACAUGUACAGUUAUGUAGCUGAGUUACUUGGGUUGUACAUACUAUCAAAAAUCAGAACAGUGGGAACACCAGAAAAAUGUUUGAAGUUUUAGUGUCCAAAGGAAGAUGAUAAUUAUUAAGCUAGCCAAUCUGGUGUGAGGAACUGCAAACAAGUAGCUUUCUCGACACUGUCCUGGUAACCAAUGUCACAGCUGGUCACAACACAAUGAACAUAUUAAUGUAAUUCCUAAAACAUUUCAGAUGUUUCAGGUUCUCAGAGCUUUGCACGUGACCUGGACCAGGAUGGCCGCAAAUUUUAGCUGAGGGCAUUAGUGCCCCUUAAUCUUAACGAAUUUAAAUCUUGGCUUUUUCUGAUUUUAUUUCAAACAUGACAGUGGCCAACUCAAAAGCCUCAGCUCCUUUAGUCACAGUGCACAUCCUCUCUAGAUUUUCUAUUUAUUAAUAUUUGAAUGGUAGCAUUUCUGUAAGAAAAUUAUCUUUUCCGUAUACAUGUGUAAGAUUAAUUCAACUAAACAGUAGUGCAAAUAAAGUUGAAGUUGAAAGUUCAGAGUUUGACAGUCAACAGUUGAUGACACACACAGCUCACUUUGACUGUGAUAAUAUUACAUACAAAUUGUUGAAAAAUCAGUCCAGGACUUAAGACUCAUCCAGUUAUUCGACUUUUUAACCUAUUAUAAUUAUGAUUUGUUCUAAAUAUGCAUCACUUACAAAAAUGUCAGGUCACUAUACCAUAAAUGACAGACUUGUCAAAGAUUCACCAAAAAUUGCUACAGCACCAUUCAAGUCAACAACAGAGAGAAAGAUGAUGCAGUCCCCAGUGCCAUACCCUGGACCAGGUACAUAUAGACCCUUUGAAACAGUCAAUCUUAAAAGACCUGCAGCAGCAAAGGAGCAAACUGGAUUCCAGUAAGUGUUACUUUACCACACCUAUAGUUAUACAAUGUUACAAAUCACAAAGAAUGAUUAAAGAUAGAUAUGUAUGCGUAAUAUUAUACGUAUACGUGUAUUAUAGUGGUAAAAAUCUCACAGGAUUAUGAUUUGUUUAACACUUUGUCCCACUUUGAUAAUUGGUGCCUCACUAAUCUAAUUUUUGCAUGAAGUCUAGGCUUUUGUUCGAUCAGUGAACUGUAGUUACAUGUAACUGUGAAAAGAAAUCCCUAGCUGUUUGAUUCCCUACCCGCUUGUUGUAUUUACCCGGCAAUUUGAAAUCUUAGUGACAGCCCCAUAACUUUCUUGUAGCUUGCAGCUCCAAUAAAGGCCUAGACCCAAUGCAAUUGUGCUGUGCAUGUCCUUGUAUUUGGUGAAUUGCUGCAAGCGUGAAAUUCAGAUUGCCACAAUUUUCAGUCCUUACAAUACUGGUAAUAUUCUUCUUGAUUAUACAUACACUAGCUGGAAGAAAAAAUAGGUUUAAAUUUGACAUUUUCGGGUUUUUUAGCCAAUCAACAGUCUGAACAUACACUUGGGCAUAGAUUUUGUGACAAAGAGCACUGUGUAUCUUGGUUGGGUUUUAAUCUAAUGUUAACUGCAGGCAUGACUGAAUAUUGGAAGUGUGCAAAGAACCUUGAAUAAUGAUGUUCCUUGUAUUGUCUGUUUAUGUAACUUUCAGUAACAAGCAUUACUUGUGUAUUUCGGCACCUGCUAUGCCUCUUCCUCCUUUGGAGCCAAUGCCAGGACCAGGUCAUUACAAUGUUGUGGAUUAUGAAGGCCCCCCUAAACAUUACAUGUCCAGUUCUGCAUUUGUAUCGACAACAAGUCGAUGGUCAGGAGGGGCACCUGGAGAGGAAGAUCUCCCCGGACCAGGUAAAUACAUUUUUUUAGUGGGACAAUAAUGAUAACAGAAGAUUCUGUAAAACAUUCAAGCAUAAAAACUCACAUGGUAAAAAACAUGAUUUUUGAAUACAAAUGAACGGAAACAAUAAACGCAAGACACAUUAAUUUGUUUUCGAAAAUAUCUCAUAUUAUGAUAGUGGUGACAAGUCAUCACCAAACAUAUUUUUAUUGAGUUACUUUUAAUUUAUGCUUAGAAUAAUGAUAAAGGCACUAACUAUCAGAUACGUGGUAGCUAUCAGUCCACAGUAUAUACUUAUGAAGUUCAAAUGAAGAGUUAACUAAUACAUUCAUUUACUUGUUGAUGCACUUAUCCACUGGAUAGUGAUUUGUCCAGUGCAUAGCACUAUAACUUUUACCCCAGUGGAGUUGGUUAGAUAAGAAUACUCCAUAACCAAUGGGCGUGAAGAGUCAAACUUAAAACCUACGGCACUUGUUUUAAGUUAUUACAAGUUUUUUGUCAUUUAUGUCAGUUCACAAAGAUACAGCUGUAGGGAGACUGCAUAGCACAAGUUUCAACUACGAACAGAUUGCAGUGAUUGUGAACUCCUAAGGGGGAAACUUUUCAACAGAUGAAUCUCCUCAGUUUCUUAGGAUGGUGUGUGCUUCCUACUAAGUUAAAGCAUUUGGACAAUUCAGGACUACGGUAAUGACUCUAGCAUGAAGUGACGAUAUUUUUCAUUUUAACAGUUUUAAUUUAACAUCAUUUUUUGUUAUUGCAGCAACAUACCGUCCACAGCACUGUGGGAAACAGUCAUUUAUCUACAAUGCACAAGGAAGAUGGAUAUAG